AUGUCCGCUCACCUUUUCGAGAACCUACCACCUGAAGUACUAUUCGGCAUUUCGGAUUAUCUUGAGCCAGAUGAUCGAAAGAACCUCAGUCUGGCCAAUUCCGGGCUUCGGACCGCAAUGGCGCCGUGUCUCUUCAAGGUGCUGCGAGUCAAUUGUCCGCUUGUAGAGGAUCACAUCUUGCCAACUAUUGUCGACAAAUAUGGAGUAAAUAUUCUGGAAUUGAGGUUGAAUGUUACUUUCUACCCGGAGGAAUCGACUGAGACGGCGGAUGAGGAGGAGGAAGAGGAGGAUGAGAGUGAGGAUGAGGAUAUGUCAGAGAAUGAGGAAGGGAACGACGGCGAAGAGUCUGGACCAGAGCCUGAAACACCAGACGAAAGCGGCAAGGAGGGUAAAAGAGAGGAGGAGGGAGAGAGCGACAAGGACGAUUAUCCUGACAGAUGGUGGUACUGGUCAAAUCCUCCCGCAUCAGUCUGGGCCCGAAAAGAAGCAGACACAUCAAUCAUCCAGGAUCUCAUCCGAUUCAAGGGCCUACCACGCUGCAAGGCCCUGACGAUACACACCAAUGGCGAACAAGACUUUGAGCUCGAUGCGGACUGGGACAACAACGAUAUCGGCAAAAACUACAUCUACUUCUGCUGCGAGCCUGAAAGUUGGGAAGACGUUGAGCGAAAGGAAGGGAGAUAUUCAUGGCGUGCAGCCUUGCGGGAUAUGUACCAUGACAUCGCUACGCUUUCGCCAGUCGAUGAGUUUACCAUCUUGAACUUUCUCCCUCGAAAAACCUCGUUCUGGCAGGAAAAAGAAUGGUCUGAGUUUCUAGGCCGGUUGAAGAAGUUGACGCUCAAUACGUAUGGUGGUGACAAUGGGGCUGGUUGGCAGGCUAAUACGUUACCUGGCUUUCACGCCUUCUUCAAUGAACUGCCGACGAGUGUUCUGGCUCAUGCAAUUGCCUUGGAAUACUUUAAACUCAAGACUCACGACGAUGGCUUUCUGGGCGGCGAAGGCUCGUUGUACAUACCUCCUGGCUGCAUGCCCUCGUUGAGGUCGUUGCACGUGGAUGGUAUAGCAGUGACCUCUGUGCUUACAGAUUACCUCAAAGCAACAAACGGCACGCUGUCCCGACUCUGCAUCACGGAAUGCGUGGCGUUUAGUUCCGAUCCCAAUGGCGACGAUGCACCAAGGUGGGCUGAUCUGUUUAAAGCUGCACGGCAGGCUCUGAGAGCACCUGCAGAGGUUGUAUGUGUGCCGACCAAGGAACGUCCUAUUACGGAAGAUGAAGGGGACUACUAUGGUGAUGAGGUUUAUGUCCCGCCGACUGAUGAGGAUGGCAAGGUUAAGAACUGGAGAAGGAAAGUCAAAGAGGAGGAAGGGCUUUGUAUUUGGCCUUAUGGGUGGUUGGAUGAGAAGUAUGGAUCUAUCUUUCCUGACCAUGAGGUGAACCUCGAGCGCCUUGAGAGUGGAGAAGAUAAUUUGGAGUUUAAGUUGUUGAUGGAGGAGGUGAAGAAGGGAGGCGGUAAAUGUACAGUCUCUUGA